AUCUGAACUACUUCGAAGGUGAUAGGAUAGUGAGGUGGUGCUCGAGAUCAAGGAUUUUAAUAACCAGAUAAAUUUACAAAAAUUCAUUAUGAGUAAGGUGCUCGUUUAUAUUCUUGAUAAAAUAGUAUGGAUGGUGUUAAUUGUUGUUUUGACAACACAAAUACUCCAAAUGGCCGGUAUUAUAGAAACGCCAAAAAGUUCACAAGGUUUCGCAUAUUCAAAGAGUAACGAAUGCAACAUUCAACUCUCUGUUGGAUAUGAUGUGAGGAAAAACUGUGGAAUAGUGGAGAGAUCUGAAUUAAUUGAUAGUUCCUUCCAUAAACAAUUUCUCCAAGGUGACUUCUUCUACUUUAUGAAUAAAAAUGAAAUAAUUCAAGCAGUUUUGUAAUUAAGAUUAUUCAAGCUGAGUGCACGAAUCGGCCCAAAAUAUCUGAUCAGCGUUUAGGAAAUAAUGAAUGAAAAGUGAUAACUACUUCUAGCAAAUUUUUCUAAUAUUAUUGACGAUUGUAUAUUUCGUAAAUUUGGAGUUUUUAUAUCUGAUAUUCGUACUGAAUACUACACCACAACUCAAAAUUAC